AUGGUAAGAGCAACCCACCACUGCGGCAGAGUGGUUGGGCCUCAUAUCCCAAAACCUGCAUUCUGUGUCCUAUUAAAAGACAAUAAAGUGCUGCAGCAACUAGCCUUGCAAAACUGCUCUGAUUGGUUAUCCGACAAGGAACUGCUUCCUGUGAUUGGUCAAAACCACCAGUUGCAACAGAUUGAAUUGAACGGCUGCCUACAGCUGAGCCGCCACGCUUUGGUGGCCAUCUCUUUGGGCUGCCCCAACUUACGGCAACUUUCUUUGGCCCAUUGCGAAUGGGUGGAUGGACUUUCCUUGCGGAGUCUCGCUGACCACUGCAAAGAGCUUGAAUCUCUGGAUCUCACAGCCUGCCGGCAGCUGAAAGACGAGGCCAUUUCCUACCUCGCUCAAAGAUGCCACAAAUUAAAAUCCCUUUCGCUGGCUGUUAAUGCAAAUGUUGGCGAUACGGCUGUAGAAGAAGUUGCCAAAGCCUGUUCUGAUCUGGAGCAUUUGGACCUCACAGGCUGCCUGCGAGUUAAGAAUAACUCCAUCAGGACCUUGGCUGAGUACUGCCCUAAGCUUCGUGCCUUGAAGGUGAAGCACUGUCACGAUGUGGCGGAAUCCAGCCUGAGUGUAUUGCGUAGUCGUGGAGUGGAGUUGGAUGUUGAACCUCCAUUUCAGCGUGCCCUAGUUCUCUUACAGGAUGUCGUGGGCUUUGCCCCAUUCAUUAAUCUUCAGAUCUAAUGAAAAUACUGGAAUCUGUUUCCGGGUAAUCCCACAAAGUUUAGAAGUUUAAGCUUCCAUCUUUUUCAUUAUGAACUGGGCCUGUUUUGAGCCAUUAAUUCCUCAUGUGGAAGUUUGAGUUGAAAAAAACAAACUAUGUGUUCUGAGCAAGGCUUCCCAAGAGCAUGAAGCAAAUUCCUUGUCCCAACAAAAAACC